AUGUCGGUUGAUGUUGAAGUAAAUGACGCUAAAGCCCUAUCCAUCCGCACGUCCGCCAAGCCCGCGGCAUUGAAGGUAGGUUACGUGACAGCGUAUUGGGGCGCUAAACUCAAAAAGGCAAAACUAACCCGAUACAGUAAUGCACAGGUCCGCCGUUUACAAGAUAAAACCAAGGUGCUCGCCCAGGCCCCUCAAGGAUUCCACGUAAUUCUCGCCUGCCGGUCCCUCGAAAAAGGCACGCAAGCCCUAGACGAACUGAAGCAAGAGGGAAUCGCGACGGGAAAUGUAUCAACUGUGCAUUUGGACGUGACGGAUGAGACAUCAGUACGAGCAGCAGCAAAUACCGUGCAGGAGCGAUUCGGACAGCUCGAUGUGCUAGUGAACAACGCAGGAGUGGCGAGUCGACACCCGGACAUCAAGACCCGGCUCCAACUCUGCAUGGAUACCAAUGUGAUUGGACCGGCAGUUGUGUCGGCUGCCUUCCGAUCCCUGUUAUUGAAGUCACCGAACCCCUACUCUAUCUACGUGAGCAGCGGGGUCGGGUCCCUGGCCCUAGCGUCGGAUCCCACGUCUAAGGUGUUCCGGGGUCCGUCGAAUGGGGAGGCCUAUCGUGCUAGUAAGUCCGCUCUGAAUAUGAUCAUGAUUCAGGACUGGGUCGAGAGUCGCGAUACACCGCUUAAGGUCUUUGCGGUGUGUCCGGGGUUUGUUCGGUCGAAUCUGCGUAGAACAAGUGAGGAGGAGCGCAGUGGAUGGGGAAAUGCAAGUGAUCCGUCGAUCUCGGGAAAUACCAUACUGGGUAUCCUGGAAGGGCGGAGGGAUGCUGAGGUUGGGAGGUUGAUUCAUAAGGAUGGCAGUUUCCCUUGGUGA